AUGGAAGACAUGCUCUAUGAGCUAGCGGUUUGCAAGGAUCUUCAAGAGACGGGUAUCCUUCGCACGGUUGUACUCGCCGAUGGGACGAACGUCACGUUGGUGGGGGGGAAUCAUGCCAGCAAGGCCUCAGCCCUUUUUGCUGAAACCAUCGUUUUCAGUGUCCAGCCCAGUGCCUUAGUUUUGGAGCUCUGCAGCGAACGAGCAGGCGUGCUCAUUCAGGGCAAUGGCCACCGACAGUCCAGGGCCAAGAGCUGGAUGAACCCAGAUGAGCCAGAGUGGCUUCGCAGACAAUAUGCGACCUAUGCGGAUGAAACUCGAAGGGCAUUUCGUGCCUUCAUGAAGUACUCAAAACCUGCAUGCAGGUUAUUGGUGUUCGCAGACAUGAAAGCCUCGGUGGUGGAGCAUGACAUCGAGAACAUGCAGGAGCGCCGGGACGCAAACCUCGCAGCUAACAUUUACAGAACCGCCAGGCUCGGUCACAAAAAAAUCGUGGCUGUCCUCGGUGCCAACCAUUUGGAUGGAGUUGCGCGUGAGUUGGAGAGCAUGCAGGGAACCAAGCCUGAGCACGGCCUGUACAUCUCAGCGUCAGGCUGCGAGAUAUUGCGAGAGCGCCAGAAGAAGCUGGCAAAGAAAGUUUCAGUAAAAAGGUGGAGGCAGAAAGACACCCUGCCAAAUCGGGACCGAGAUGAGUUGAAGAGACGACUGCGUGUGCUUUGCAACCCUGAAAAAAUCUGGAACAGCUUGGGGAAGCAUGCCCUCGAGCCGGGCAGCUU